AUUGUAUAAGGGUGGGCAAAAAAUGUCAUUUUGACAAAAAAAAAUUGGCCAAAAAUUAAUUUUUGCGUAUUGCUAUUUCUACAUAGAGCUUAAACUAAGUCAGUAUUUGUGGUAAAGGGAAAAAGUCUGACAGUAUUUUCAAUUAAACGAGGACUCUUAAUGAUAGACAAUCAAAGAUCAUUAAGGAGAAAAAUAUUUGUGAAAAUUAUCAGAAGUCUUGCAUAAUACUUUUCCCAUGGAAAGGGUUUAAAAAAGAGAGUUUAUAAAAUGUUUAAUUGUCCUUGGGGCGGGGGUUCAGGGGAUCACUUUCUCCACUUUCUUCUCCUGUUUGGCGUAGGUAGAAAGUUGAAGCUUAGCCCGAAUUCAUCUCAGUUUCAACCAAAACUUCAAAGAAAGGGAAUCAAAAUGUCUAUAAAAUACCAAGAGCUGACUGGCGAAGACAGGGAGAAAUUGGAUUCUCUCUAUGGCGUACCGAACUGUCUCAUAAAAGUGAAUCCAGGCGGUGUCCUCCUGCCGCCCAAAUACAAAGAGCUUGGAGAGAGAAUACACAACAUGGAAGUGCAUGAAGAUGAUGUCUGGCUUGUCUCAUAUCCCAGGACUGGAAGCACCUGGGCUCAGGAAAUGGUCUGGUGUAUCUGCAACAAUUUGGACUUUGAGACCGCAAGAUCGGCCGUUGGCCAACAGAGAAAUCCGCUGCUUGAGCUUACUGCACUUUUGGGCAACGAUAAGGGCUCUUGGAAGGAAGCCAUAGGCAAUUCCGUUGAACAAGUUGAGAACACAAAAUCACCGAGGUUCAUCAAAACGCAUUUGCCCCGUAGCCUACUCCCCAAACAAUUGUUCACUGUGAAACCAAAGAUUAUAUAUGUAACAAGAAACGCUAAAGACAUGUGCGUCUCCUAUUUCCACUAUACAAACCUCUUGCAUGAUUAUCACGGAUCGUUUGAUGAAUUCUGUGAUCUCUUUUUGGCAGGAAAAGCUCCAAUUGGACCGUAUUGGGACCAUGUACUGGCAUUUUGGGAAAUGCGUGAUGAACCCAAUGUAUUGUUCUUAAAGUAUGAAGAAAUGAAAAAGGACCAUAAAGCAGUAAUAAGGAAGACAGCGAAUUUCUUGGAAAAGCCUUUAACCGAGGAACAAGUUGUGGAAUUGGAGGAACAUUUAAGUUUUAAGAAAAUGAGGGAAAAUCCGGCAAUCAAUUUAGAUCCUUUUCUUCAAGCUCGAAAUGGGCCCGGGUUCAGACAAGAAGGUGACAAGACUUUCAUCCGAAAGGGCCAAGUUGGAGAUUGGAGGAACUAUAUGUCUGAAGAGCUGUCGAACAGAUUCGACAAAUGGACCAAAGAAAACCUCGAGGGGACCGGUUUGGAGUUUCAAGCAGUAUAAUUUUAAUUGUAAAUAAUUAAAUAUAAUAUAUAUA